AUGUGCUCGGCAUAUCACGAGCCUACAAUUUCUACAGCAUUCCCACGGCUCGUGACUUGGCGAGCCACGAGCUUAUCCGAGCCGAUCAGAGCUCCCUCCUUUUUUUUAGGCCCAAAAUUAAGCCGCCAAAUUUCUCAGUUCAAAAUGAGUCGUUCUUUGGAUAACACGCAAAUUGCUGCUUGUGCAGCAGCGUAUAUUGUAAUUGUAGGCGGUGAUUAUUUAAAAGGAAAAUUAGUUGAAAAAGAAAAAACGAAAUCCUGCAAGGAAAGAAGAUAUUGGAUGCAUGAAAUGUACAAAAGCCGUGCUAGGUACAAUGCAACGGAUCUGUUAGAAGAUUUAAAACGAGGACCAUCUAACAAGUUUCAAAACUUCUGUAGAAUGUCUGCUACAGACUUUGAAUAUCUUAUUCAAAAAAUUGGUCCAACCAUAUGUAAAACUGACACAAAUAUGAGAAAAUGUAUUCCGGUUCAGGAAAGGCUAGCUGUUACCUUAAGGUUCCUAGCCACAGGAGAUAGCUUUAAGAGCUUGUCAUACUUGUUCAAGUUUUCAAGUCAAACUGUUUCCAGGUGUAUUAUGGAAGUUUGUAGGGCGUUAAAUCAGGAGUUGAAAAAUGAAAUCAUGUUUCCAACCAAUGAAAGUAGUUGGAAAAAUAUAGCAACAGAUUUUUACGAUAAAUGGAAUUUCCCCAACUGCCUCGGGGCUAUCGACGGAAAACAUAUAGUGAUCCAGUGCCCUGCAAACAGUGGAUCUGAAUUCUAUAAUUAUAAGGGAACUUUUAGUAUUGUACUUAUGGCUGUCGUGAACUCGAAUUAUAGUUUUACUUAUGUGGACAUUGGCUGUCAAGGCAGAAUCAGUGAUGGUGGCGUACUUCGGAACACGUCGUUUUUUAAAAAACUGGAGACUGAUGAAUUAAUACCACAAGAAGGAAUACUACCUAAUACAAAUGUUUCAUUACCAUAUGUAUUUGUGACUGAUGAAGCUUUUGCCCUAAGUAAGAACAUAAUGAAACCUUACUCAGGAGUAUAUGAAAAUGGAAAUUGCAAAAGAAUUUUUAAUUAUCGACUGUCUAGAGCACGCAGAGUAGUUGAGAACGUGUUUGGAAUUAUGGCCUCAGUAUUCCGUGUAUUUAGAGGACCUAUACUUUUAGAGCCAGAAAAAGUUAGAGAUAUAACAAUGACUUGUGUAUUGUUGCAUAAUUUCUUAAGGAAAAGCAGAUCAUCAAAUUCCAUAUACACACCACCUGGAAUUUUCGAUACUGAAAAUAAUGAUGGAAUUGUAAUACCAGGUUCUUGGAGGUCCGAGCAAAAUUGUACCAAAUCUAUGUUCCCAUUACAAAGAGUACCGAGAAAAUCUGGACUUGAAGCAAAAAUGGUUAGGGAUCAGUUUGCUGAAUAUUUUAUGACAAGCGGAACGGUGGAAUGGCAAGAAAAUGCUAAAUAA